AUGGUUUCUAUAUCUGAAGCCGAGGUUGCCGAGGCUGCUGCCUCGUCGGCGCUGGAGACAGAAAUCGACAAGGCGGUGAAGGCUGGCAAGGGAUGGAAGGAGGGGGAGCGCGAGGCUUACCUCAAGAGGGUCAGGGAGGAGGAACACCCCAUGUUCGCCGAGAGCAUCGACGAGAUGGACCCUGGCGUGGUAAAAGCCUUCCAGGACCUGACGUACGAAGACGAGACGCCGCUGUCUCUGGGAGAACACUUCAAGCAGCUGGGCAACGACCGGUUCAAGAGGGGCAAGAAGAACGCCAUGUAUUUCCGGCACGCACAGCAGGCGUACACGGAAGGCUUGCGAAAUGUUCGCCUCGGCGAGGAGACGCCCGAGCUGACCGCCAUGGUAGUGGCGCUCUUGUCCAACCGAGCGAUGGCCAACCUCGCCCUCAAGAACUACGGCAGCUGCCGCAAGGACUGCGACGAAGCGCUGGCCUUGUCCCCGGGGCACGUUAAGUGCCUCUACCGCAAGGGCAAGGCGGAGCUGAUGCUGAGAAGACACGGGGAAGCUCUGGCUGUCUGCGAGGAGGGACUGAAGAUUGACCCGUCCAACACGGAGCUGCUCAAGAUAAAGAAGGAGUGCGGAAGGGCAUUGAAAGCGGCGGAAGACGCUACCGCGGCGCUGAAUAGGGAGAAGGAGGAGCGGCUGGAGAGGCUGGCGGCGGUGUGGGACGAGUGCGAGGCCGCCGGGGUCAAGCUGGGGCCGAGCGGGUUCGACGAGUCCAACCAUGAGCAGCGAAACGCCUUCCUGCCCAUGGCGGACGACGAGCACGGUGACAAGGGUGGCGUUAUCUGGCCAGUGCUGCUGCUGUACCCCCAGUACGGCCAGUCUGACCUCAUCCAGGCCUUCCGGGACGCGGACAUGCUGGCCGAGCACCUCGCCGCGGCAUUCCCAGAAGAGGGUCCUCCCGCGCCGUGGGACACUUCUUUCGAGUACAGGUGCAGCGAGCUGGUCAUAUACCUCCCCCUCCGACCGGUGGAACCAUCGCCGUCGGUGUUCGACUGGGUGGCGGAGUUCGAGAAGAUGGAGGCCGCCAAGGUGUCGGGGGCGGAAGAAAUGAGCCGAAGAUCGAAGGAAAGGGCGGCGGCGACGGCGGCCGCCGCCGCACGUCCCCAGCGAUGGGCACGCGUCCACCCGGGGUGCACGCUGCUGCGAAUCCUGUCCUUCGAGGACCACGUCGUUGCCGGCGCCACCCCGACGCUGCUCUUGUUCCCGAAGGACGGGCAGUCCCACAAGGAUUUCUUGCGAGACAGCGGCGGCCGGAUAUUCACCCUUGACCCGUAGGAAGUGUAAGCAUGAUCUUGGCGUGUUGCUGACCUUUCCCCCCCGGUUGGUACUGUCUUUGUCUUGCCCUAAACCCUUGGUGUUUGCCUUACGUAGGGUAGUCUUGAUUGUAGAUUUGACUUGGUUCCCUUGUAAGUUUGGUACAGGCGUAGUAACAAGCAGGGCGGACUUCGAGGAUGUCGUCAAAUUUUCUUCGUCUGGUGUCUGCUCAUCGGGAUCGACGAUUGCGGUAAUCCCGAAUGCCCAGCAGCC